CGCAGAGCGCAUGCGCCGUAAAGUCUCCUACAGUUUGGAGUGCGGUGUGAGCGGAAAGUGAUACAUUGAGGCAAGUGGUGUAUGCGAGUGAGUGCCAUAGUGUGCUUUCUCUCUGUGGAUACUGGAAGCUCAGUUGUAGGGAUCUCUCGGCUUUGGCGUGCAAGCUGGACACUUUGCCGGGGAUGUUCGGCCUCCGGGACACAAUUGUAGGAUAAGGAGGAGGUUUUGGUUUAUAAAUGAACAUUUCUUCAGCAUCAAGGCAAGUGCCCUGGGUCAUGAAACUAAACCCACAGCAAGCUCCACUGUAUGGUGACUGUGUCUUAACCGUGCAGCUCACAGAAGAAAGUGAAUUAGUAGAUGAUGUGGUUUUCUUCCUUCUGUUUGUUGGCUCCACAAGCAAGCAUUUAACAAGCACUCGGAAAGUUAAUUCUGCAACGCUAGAGACUAUCACCCCAGGCCACGACUGUUGUGAACGAGUAAAGGUUUCCCUGUGUGCUUCCAAGAAAGAUUGUUUUGUUGUGGUGGCAGAAGAGGACUUUGAGUUUAUCCAAGAUGAGGCAUAUGACUCGGCUCAGUUUUUAGCUGCUAAUGCAGGCAACCAGCAAGCACUUAUAUUUGCCAGAUUCUUAGAACGAUCAAGACCAUCUACAGGGGAUGCAAAAGUGCUUGAUGAGAGGAUCACAUUGGCUUUUCAACAUCUAAGCUUGCCAAGUGGAUGGAGUGUACUCGGAACAGACACAUGCAUAAAAGAUGGUCACCUGCAGGAGACGUUGAUGCACUUUGCUGCAAGACUGGGUCUCUGCCAGUUAGCACAGUUCCUUCUGAAGCACCCUGGUGGAAGAACAGCACUUGCUAUAUAUAAUAGUGAAGGGGCUACUCCUUUAAGCCUGGCAUUGGAAAGAGGCUUUCUAAAAUUACAUCAUCUCUUUACAGAAGAAGAAACGGAGAAUCCAGACACACUGAGCGUUGAACCUCAUGUUAACUGUCCUGCAGACUCCUGUGUGAAACACCACCAGGGCUUAAAUGUUUUCACCUUAACUAAGAAGUCUCAGGAGGAACCUCACACCAGCAUGGAACAUCAUAUUGAAGAAUUGAAAGAAUAUAUGCAGAGCCAUUCCCAGACUAAGGAAACAGAAGAAAUAGCAGAGUGCCAAGCACUGACAGAACAGUCUGACAGUUCAUGUUGCCCACGUCACAACACAGCGAAUAGUCCUGCUGAGAAGGAUCUCACCUCAGCAGCAACUCAUCAAGAACACUUAGAAAACACUGGGGGGACAGAGAUGCUUUCGCUAAGUGUUUUGAGUGAAAAAGUGGAAGAGAGCUGUGCCGAAUCUGACAGUGGGGUGGAAACUAUGGGUGGGGAAGUUGCAGUUUUUUCCUCUGAAAGUAAAAAUAAAGAUACUGAAGAGGAAGAGGUGGUGCCUGAGUCUAUUGUAGUGGCAGAGAAUCUGUUGGUUACAAGCGUCCAUGUACAAGGCUGUUGUGCUGAAGUUCAUGCUGCCGAAAUACCUCUUUCCUGUGGAAAUCCAAAUGAGGAAACUGGAAUGACAUCAACUGGAAUCCGCUUGAAGCAAGAAAGUGUGCUUGAAGGAGAUAAUACCGAACAGGAAAUGGUAACCGUUAAAGAGGGCACAGUAUCCGACACUGAAAUUACGGAAGCUGCACACAAAUCCAGCGAUAUCACCGACCACAAUAGCGUGGAGAUGGGGCAGACUGUGUCAGGCUACUGUACAAGCAAUGCAAACACUAUGGAAAUGCACAGUGAAUCGGAGAGCAGUGAACUGGAACCUGGGGCAAUGGAUACUCUGGUCAAUCUGCCUGCUGAUUCUGUUAAUGUUGAGCACAUCUGUGGUGCUAAUAUCUGCUCCUGUGCUGUGACUCCAGCAGAGUUGUUACCAGAGCAGAAUGCAGCGAUUAACAGUGACUGCAAGGGGGCACCUGAGGAAACUGGAAUAAAUAAAAUCAGUGAAUGUUUUGAUGCUCACAAAAGUACUGAAAAUGGAAUAUCUGCUGAAAUAGAGAAUAUUCAAUGCAAUUUGGGUCAGUCAUCAAAAGAAACUGAUUUUUGUUAUCCAACAGCUUGUGAACCUUUGACUGGUGAGUCAGAAUCUGAAUGUUGCAAAGAAUCUUCAGUAGUCAGAACUGGGGAUGAACAUAAUGCAGACUGCGCUAUGUGCAGCCACUCUCAGGGCACAGAGGAAUAUAUUAAUGAUAUUUCUCCUUCUAACAAAGAAAAGGAAGCAAGUUUAAAUUCUGAUAUCCCAUGUAGCAAUUGCCUAGAAGAAGCCCCCUCCCUUAUGGAAGAAAAGAAUGCACAAGGUGACCCUUUUCUAGCAGCCUGUCCCAACGCCCAUCUUCAGGCAGAAUGCAAAUCCCAGGAUGUGACAUGCUCUAUUUCUGAGCAGCGGCUACCACUGUUUGCACAGCUUAGUGCAGAACUCAUUGUAGCAGAAGUGCUGCAGGAGAUCAUAGAAAAGAUAGAUACCACAUCACUUCUUACACAGACUGCACAACAACAGACUGUCUGUCUGAAUGAAGAUCCUAAGCUUCCACCUGCUGGCCAAGCAGUAUCAGUGCAGGAGGAUAAAGAUCAGUCUGUGUGUACUAUAGGAGAGUGUAAUAAAGUCACUGACACUCCCUCUACUGCCUCUCUGCUUAGUAAUUAUAAUUCUGUGCAAAACCAGGAAGUAUUAGCAGUGGAGGAUUCUGUUUGUAGUAAUGCAAACACUGACAUGCAGAAAAACACUCUAACGUGCAAGCAAAGCAGAGAGCAGUUGCAGGUCAACAACGGCAUAGAAGAUCAGACAGAGCCUGAACCAAAUGUGGUUCUGAACGAAACAUUUAAAGACGGGGAUCACAGUGAAACAUUAACUAUUUCAGAUGUGGUCCAAUGCAACCAGCUUGGCACUGAUGGGAGAAAUGAACUACCGUUGCUGUGCUCUGAUUUCAUUGAAAGUUUGUCUGCAGGUUAUGGGGAGAAUACAACCCAGACGAACACAAUAAACCUGAAGGAGUCCACAGAUAAAGAAUGCGUCUCAGAGCCAACAGAAGAAACUGGAUUAAAAAUGACUUUAGUAAUUACAUCUGAUAAUCUAUUGGAAUCAGAAAUGUUUGUUGCUACUUCUGAAAAGGAGGAGCCUGCAGAAGUUGAUUGCAAGGAACCAUCGCCCACUUAUGAAAAAGAUGAGGAUUCUGAGCUGGUGACCAUCCCUAGGGUAUCACUUCACCCUAUCGCAGAGGAAUCAUUGCUCAAUGGUGACUCUGCUUCAGAUUCAGCAUCUACAAGUAGUGAAAGCGAGGAAUCCUUGCACUCAAAUCAUGCAGAGAAACUUCUGACUUCAGAUACAGAAGAAGUGUACAAUACUCACUCACUGGAAGGUCCUAAUGGACUAGUGGAUGUGGAAUAUGUGGACAGCACAAUUUCUGGGUUUUUGGUGACAGCAUCUGUAAAUGGUUUAGCCACUGAUGCACCCCAAGAUAAAGAGAUUUCUAUCCAGGACUCUGAAGUCACUAAUACUCUUAAAGAGGAUGAUUCUGGAUUUGACUUGUCUCUCACUAUGGAAGAGACUGCUUACCCCAGCAUAUCCGACACAGAGAUCGUCCCAGAAGGUGAUGGGAAAGCUGAGGAUGAGGUAGACUUUAUAAAACCGUUACAGACCAGCUCCAAGGAACAAAUGAUUAACAGGGAAGGCUGCUGUUCAGUAGAGCCUUGCUCACAUCCGGACCUUCUGGAUUCCAAGCAAACUAAAGUGUGCAGAAGCGGCUUUCUGGAAGAUGCACUCUGCACUGAAGACCCAUCACAAGAAGGGAAUAAAAGGGAUUCUGCUAGUGACUCUGACUUGUUCCAGGUAUCCUCAGAAACUCUGGAUGAGAUGGUGUUUCCAAAGCAUGAAGAAGGUCAGUGCCUUUGUGAUGCUAGCAGUUCUAGUUCAUCAACCGAUGAUACCACAUCUCUAGAAAGAAACUCUUCCCAUGGUAGCGACAUUUCCCUUUCCCAUGCGUUGAACACGAAAAAGUUCAGAGACAGGCACAGUUUGGACAGCAGUUGCAGCAGCACAGUUACGGCAUCUGUGGAAGAAAGGGAAAGUGAGAACGCUGGGAUAUCUGAGGUUGAAGGGGAAGAGAUGGACAGCAUUACUGAAGUCUCUCCACACCCAUCACGAUCAAAGAGCUCCAUGCGCUCCCUGUCACCUUUUAGGAGGCACAGCUGGGAGCCUGGCAAGCAUGCCGCCAAUGACUCGGAGAUAAACCGCAGAAGUUCAUUUCGAAUUCUGGGGGAUGUAAAGAAACCUUCAGUUCAUAGAAGAAGUAUGAGCUGGUGCCCUUCUGAUGCAAAAUUAUCCUCUAUGGGAGGGGACUUUAAUUACAGAAGUUACAGCUUAGAAGGCCUUGCAGGAGAAAAUAAAGAUAAGAACUCCUCAACUGCUCAUGAUCACACCUCUUCUGGUGGCAGCAAUUUAAUUGGAAGCUCUUCAUAUGAAAGAGAGAAUAGUAGUUCAUUGGCUUCUCUUACAGAAGAUGAACAGGGCUUUCACCAGAGGCCAACUAGAAACUUUCAGCAAAGGCAGGACUGUGAAAGAUCUCAUAUGCGUGGGUUUGGUCCUACUCCUGCCACUCAUUUAACAAAAUCUAUGUCUUUAACGGCAAUUAGCCACAACUUGAUGGAGACUCAGGGCCGGAUACGACCAAAGAGGCGAAUUUCCUUCUCCUUCAACAUCUCUCCGCUUCUUCCUAAAUCUAAGCAUGUCUUUUCUAUUGGCUCUUCGUCCAGUGAUGACGAGUCAGAUAGUUCCCGGUCGGUAAACAUAACAAGUGGUUCGAUAGCGCAAAGCAUAUCUGAGGAAGGAUGCAACCACUUACCUCCAAGCCCCUCUCGGAAAGACUUAGAGGGUAAGAGUGGGACAAAAGUCAGCCGCACUUUUAGUUACAUUAGGAGCAAAAUGUCAAGUGGCAAGAAGAGCAAAGAAAAAGAAAAAGACAGGGAUAAGACGAAAGAAAAGGACAGGGAACCCAAAGAAAAAGAAAAGGAUAAGAAGACAGUCAAUGGCCACUUGUUUAGCUCAACACCAAUUGUAGGACCAAUUGCCUGUAGCAAUUGCAUGAAAACCUUCUCCAAUAAGGAUGGAUAUCUAUGUGCCAAUUGCCACUCAAUUGUACACAAAGGCUGCAGAGAAAGCUACACACCCUGUGCAAAGGUCAAAAUGAAGCAACAAAAAACGCUUCAGCCUCACGAUACAUCUUCAUUACCAGUGGUUAUGAUGAGACCUAAAGGCUCUCAAACCAAGGAGCGCCCAUGGUCAGCCAUUGUAGUACCUGAAGACAACAAUUUCACAGCUCUCAUCAGUACAAGAAGGUCUCAAACCCUCUCCAUCUCUAAGAGCAUAUCCACGCAGAAUAUUGCAGGAGUUGGAAAUGACGAAAGCCUUUUGGGAAGCUGGAAAUACUUGUCGCAGUCAACAGACUCUCUGCACAAAAUUAGCAAGGUCCAUGAAUCCACGGAGUCCCUUAUUGAUGAGGGAACUGAUAUGAAUGAAGGGCAGCUCAUGGGCGAGUUUGAGAUGGAUUCCAGGCAGCUGGAGGCAGAGUCAUGGAGCCAGGCUGUGGACAGUAAAUAUGUUCGGCAGCAAAAGAAAGAGGUUGUUAAACGCCAAGAUGUCAUAUAUGAGUUAAUGCAGACAGAAAUGCACCAUGUCAGAACACUGAAGAUCAUGAGUGAUGUAUACAGCCGAGGAAUGGUGACGGAGCUGCAGUUUGAGCAACAAGUGCUAGAUAAAAUAUUUCCAUGCCUGGAAAACUUGCUGAACAUUCACAGCCAGUUCUUCCAAAGGAUUCUAGAGAGGAAAAAGGAAUCCAUGAUUGAAAAAAGUGAGAAGAACUUUGUUAUCAAAAGGAUUGGGGAUAUUCUUGUGGAUCAGUUCUCUGGUGAAAAUGGAGAGCGGAUGAAAAAGACGUAUGGUAAAUUCUGUGGGCACCACAAUGAGGCUGUGAAUUACUUCAAGGAUUUGCUUUCCAAAGAAAAGCGGUUCCAGGCCUUCAUUAAGAAAAAAAUGAGCAGCUCGGUAGUGAGGCGACUAGGAAUUCCGGAGUGUAUUUUACUUGUUACACAAAGGAUCACAAAGUAUCCUGUACUUUUACAGAGAAUAUUAGAAUAUACUAAAGAAAAUGAAGCUGAGCAUCAGGAUGUGUUGCAUUCUCUCAGUCUUGUCAAGGAUGUGAUCACAGCAGUAAAUAGCAAAGUCAGUAAUUAUGAGAAGAAGAUGCGCCUUCAUGAUAUCUACAGUAAGACAGACAGCAAAUCUAUCCAGAGGAUGAAAAGUGGCCAGAUGUUUGCUAGGGAGGAUCUGAAACGAAGGAAAUUGGUUCGUGAUGGUCCGCUUUCCUUAAAGUCAACAACUCUCCGGUCUAAAGAUGUUUUGGCUGUACUUUUAUCUGACAUUUUGGUGUUCCUUCAAGAAAAGGAUCAGAAAUAUGUGUUUGCAUCAUUGGACCAGAAAUCUACAGUGAUUUCCUUAAAGAAGCUAAUAGUACGGGAAGUGGCGCAUGAAGAGAAAGGCUUGUUUUUGAUAAGCAUGGUAGGAAAGGACCCAGAGAUGGUAGAAGUGCAUGCAAGUUCUAAGGAGGAACGGAACAGCUGGAUUCAAAUUAUCCAAGACACUAUUAAUGCAUUAAACAAAGAUGAGGAUGAAGGUGUUCCAAGCGAAUCUGAAGAAGAACGAAGAAUUCUUGAUACAAAAGCUAGGGAGCUGAUGGAGCAACUUCACCAGAAGGACCAGAAAAUAAUAGCGUUACUAGGAGAGAAAGACAAGAUAUUCCAAAGUCUGACCGAGUGCAGUUUGAACGAAGAUAACUCUCUAUCUGUCACUGGCAGAAGUUUCUUCAAAGCAAACUCCGAGGAUGCACCAAAGGGAGAACCAGUGAUUAAAAAUGCAAUCAAAGAAGUUGAGACACUGCAGGGCCUUGUGAACAAGAACCUAUGGAGUAGUGUAGGGCAGCAGUCUCCAAGCCCCUCAGAGGCUGAAUGUGGAGUUGGGCCUGUUUCACUCCCCCGAAGAGCAGAGACAUUUGGAGGUUUUGACAGCCAUCAGCUUAAUGUAUCAAAAUGUGGAGAGAAAGAUGAGGCAGAAGAUACACAGGACCUGCGCAGAACGGAAUCAGACAGUGUUUUGAAAAAGGGCAUGAACGCAAAUGUCAUGUUUAAAAGACAUAGUGAGCAGGCUCUCCACUCUGUUACCAAACUUCAUAACAUUCUUAGCACUUUGCAAGCAGUGGUAUUACAACAGGAUACCUACAUAGAGGACCAGAAGCUUCUCCUGAGUGAACGAGCCCUCACGAGAACAUCGUCGAGACCCAAUUCCCUGAUUGAGCAGGAAAAGCAGAGGAGUAUGGAAAAACAGCGACAGGACCUUGCCAACCUCAAGAAGCAGCAGACACAGCACCUGGAAGAGAAACGAAAGCGGGAACGAGAAUGGGAAAUGAAGGAGAAAGAGCUGGGGGAGAGAGAAGCUCGCAUAGCACAAAGAGAAGAGGCGGUUAGCAAAGGCAUGCAGGAGGUAGAGAAAGAGAGAGGCGAACUGCAGACCAGAAAGGAUGAAUAUCAGCUUGAACUGGAGAGGUUGAGAACAGCUCAAAAACAGUUGGACAAAGAACGUGAUCAGCUAAAGAAAGAUAUGGAAAAGGUGAGCAGUCAUCACGACAGGUUAGGCAGGAUGGCCUCGCUUCCUCCUGGGGGAGAGAAAUGGUGUAACUCCGGCUCACCAAAACAAGAGCACUUAGAGUCAGAACUGUCUGCCUCGCCCAAAAAGGACAGCUUGAUACGGACAGACAGCAAGCAGAAAGGAAAAGGCCACUUUCAUUUGCUUGGCACAAACCAGACUAACAAGUCUCCAGAGGGGCCCACCCCAUCCCGCCUCUUCAGUUUAUCCAAAACAAAAGAGAAGAAGGAAAAGAAGAAGAAAGGAAAAGGUGGUCGUUCUUCAAAUACAGACACACAUGGCGUUGAAGUCACCCCAGAAGAAGAAAUCUUCUGCUGAUCAUCUUGGUCCUCUUGAAAUGUUUCCUGGCUCUGUUGGGCAUCUCUAGGACCCAGAUCAUGCCCCAGCAUUGUGACUCUGCUCACACAGAGAGCACUUUAUUAAUAUAAUUUGCUGUGGGAGCAGGGUGCUGGAUUCUUUAGGGUUUGCCCCUUAAUUUGUCAUGGGGACGUCUGUUUGUUCAGCACGUGGAUUACUGUAUAUACCUAUUGUACAUUCUGAGAGAAGCAGCUGGGCAGGGAGGACCUGGAUGUAUGACAUGAAGAAACUCAGACAUGGUUGAUAGCUACCCCAGUACAUGGUCAUUGCAAAUGGUUGCUUGAUUCGUUGAUCCUUCACAUAGAUUUUGCAGUUCAUUGGUUGACAAGGGUUUUUUAUUUUUAUUUUUUUUGUAAGGAUCUGAUCUGCAGUAUAACCCUCUUUAAUUCUAGGGAAACAGGAGGUACAGUGGAUAGAUGCGUGUGUCAAGUCUAUUUCAUUUCAUUUUAUUUCUAAAACUUGCCAAUUUGUACACAUAUAGGAUACAUAUUGUCUCUUAUGUCAUGCAGUUCAAUUCUUGGCCAUGACCAAAGUCAGGUCGCAUAUUGUUUUCUGCCACAUAUUUGCCCAAGGGAACAUAAGAUUGUGGCCAGGGUCGGACUGGGCCGCCGGGACCCCGGGAAAAACCCAGGUGGGCCCAGACCCAAUCCCUGUUGCUGCUUCCCCUGGCCACCUAUGUCCUCCCCUGACGCUUUUUACUGACGCACGCUCAGUGGAGGACUUUGGGCAGGGCCCCUGCAGGGGGUUAGGGGGGCGCAGGCAACAUGGCCUACAGGGGCACCCAGUGCGACCCUGAUUGUGGCUCUGAGAUCCCUUGAAUUCUUGAAUUAAGUAUAGUGAUACCACUUUCACAAAUACCACUCUGUGAUGUAUAGGGAGUAACUAUGCAUCUGGCAUGCUCUGGGUUGUAUAUAUACAUGCUGCUAAACAUGCCUGGGGCUUAAAGGACUUGGAAUCUGCUUUGGACCAUAUGGUAUAGGAAUGAACCAUAGAUGGAAUUUGGGGGAAAUAUGGAAUCUCCAGUUUGCAAGUGCAAUUAAUGUCUGAAUAUAGUGACUUAGUCUAAGGCCAUACUAACAAGUAUUAUGCAGUGCAGGACAAUCACCUUGGUAUCUUACAUUGCUUGCUCAGUAUAGUCUUUAUCGUGGCUGAUGAUGUUUGUAUUGAUACCAAGGAUUAUUAGGAAUGGGCAGCCUGAGAGUGCAAAGGAAGGAUUCUGCCCAUUGUAGCUUUACCAGAAGAACUGAGCUUUGCUUUGAAUCCAUGUGGGUUAAUAAUGAAGUCACAAACAUAAUAUGGAACUUGUAGGAGCUACUGGGGUUUUGCCUUUGCUUUCUUAGAUCAUUUUAGUCUCUCUUUCCCCAUGUAUAACCACUAAGCACUUUACAAAUGGCUUUUUUUUAGUAAGUGCCCCAACGUAGGGCAGGAAGACAAUCAUUGGGUUCCUGGAGAGGAUAAUUGGAAAUAAGAACCCCAUAGCAGGGUGUAGUUCUCAGCCCCAGUCAUGUCAGUUGUGUUUGUAUUCAGGAUAUCUUCACGGCAGCGCAGAAGGACCAGGGGUAGCCUGGUUGGUCCACCUGUGCCGUGGUUCCAUUACUUUUGCAAACUGGAGCUGAGAACCUGUGUUUCUAGUCUGUGCUGCUCAGUUUCUCCAAGUUCCAUAAGGUGCAAGCCCUUGUGCUUUAUGUUUAAUUGCCUCAAGGGGUCUCGCCACUGUAAACUUGCUUUUCAGCAUUCAGCCAGUAAUGGUGUUAGAAUGUGAAGAGCAUUACUCCUAAUAAUGGUCAAGCCUUAACAGCUUAAACCCCAGUAUCGGAAACCACUGACAAUGAAAAUAAAAGCUUAUGGUGCAUACUGGCCCCAGGGCACGAUCCUAUAGCAACCAAUCAGGAGUUUGCUUUGCAAUAAUUAGUAUCGCAGAUGCUGUGUAGCUAUGGGUUUCUGUGCUGAAGUUGCACCUCGCUCCUCUAUCUGUCUCCCUGGUACAGUUGUACAUUACUAUCCCCUCAGUAAGGCAGAUUCUAGUCAGCUAGGAUGGUAUCAAAGCAAUGACAAUGUAUUCCUGAAACCAAGGUUACGUGGAAAUAUUAUGGGUAAGGCAGUGUUCAGUUUACCUCUCGUAAAGCUUUAAAUGAAUUCUUUGAGCUUGAUGCUGCUUGUGACCACAACCAAAAAAAGUUCAGAGGGAGCAAGCACUUAGAUUUGUGUAGUGUGCAGUCAGCCACGAUAUCCAUGGGCAAUAUCCUGUGUUCCAAUUGGCAGUUAUUUGGCUGCCACUGAAAAAGCAAUGCAAAUAGAAGGUAUUUAGGGGCAGUUUUGGGGGGGUGGGGGGUAUUAUUUUUCUAGUUACGGUUUAUUAUAGGGUGAAACCAACUUCCCUUAACCACGAGUUCAUGCAUGACAUUCCUCGAUAGCUCACAUUCGGGCUCCGUCGCCUGCUGGUCAGGGUGUACGGAGCCAAACCAAGCCAGCUUCUCAGUUCUUUACUUUUCUGCUUCUCCAGUGCAGUUGAUAUGUUCUAUAUGUAAAUAGCUAGUUUUUGUAAGACCGAUAUGUUGAAAUGGGCCCAUUACAUUGUAUAAUUUAAAUACUGGGAGAAUCGAUCAUUGGCUCUUGAACUAUCCAAUGACUGCUCAUCCUUAGCAACACAUCUCAAGCUGCCAUUUAGAGACUGGCUGGGGAGAUGGCAGUUGUAUCAGUAGCUAGAGGGCAAUGCUAUCCCAGAUAAAUCUCCCUUAUUGUGCUGAGACAAGGGAGGGCUUAACAAGAUCUGGUAUCUUGGCCACUUGUAGAGCACCCAUACGAUACUGUGUAUGAGCUGAUUUCUCAUCAUAGGGACAACUUUAGCAAUGCACUUUCCUACAAGCUGCAGUCCUGCUCUUAUAAUCAGAGUACCUGGCUUUAGUCAGACUCUCUCUUCCUUUUCUUGCUGACAGUAAAACGAUUAGUACAACUGGAGCAUUUGAGUUGUUAGGGUUUGGAUACCUAGGGAAUGUACAUGGAUGCCUCCUAGCAUGUAGAUAAAGGAAACCCAUUCUCUUUCAUCCUGACUGUGCUAUAAAAAUGUUUAGAAGAAGCCACCAAUCUCUUGUAUCUGAUUGGAAGCUUGUUUUAGUAUAGGGCAAAAGGGCAUUUGCACAGGGUCCUUGGCUUCAGUGGGGCACAGAUAUCCCAAAAAUCUCUAUUGCUUUGUGCAAUAACCGUGUUCCCCUCAGUAGCCAUGAAACCUCUACCUGACAAGCACGAGGCUCUCUGAAAUGGGGGGGGGGGGGGGGGGGUAAGGUUUAUGGUGGGCCAUGGUGGAAGCUUAAUGCAAGUGGGGAGGGUCAGGGCAGAGAACAGGCAGUAGUGUCUCCAACAUCCUGGAUUUGAUUCUACAGCAUUAGGAGUUAUGGGAUAUAUAUUUCUAUAAUUGUCUAACGCUGGCCCUGAUCGUUUACUAACCAGGACUGCACUAGAUUAACCUACAAACUGCUCAGGAGGUUAUAGCACAAUGUAUACCUCUGCUCUAUGUGUGCAUAUAUAUAUAAUGAAUGGUGUGUGCCAAGGGACAUGCAAGUAGGCACCCAGCAGCGCCAUCUGCUGUACAGUCUGGCCAACGCUCCCAGCACUCUGGCCUUUAACCCAAAACUUUGUACUAAUGUAAGUUUUUUUCUAAAUGCUGUAAAGAAAUGGUAAAAAAAAAAUAAACCCAUAAUUAUUUUAUGUUAAUGUGUAAUUAUGUAAAAAGGAAACAAGUUAUAAGUGUAAGUAAUGAUUUGAUAUUAUGCAAGUUUACAUGUAUACCUGCUUUAAUUUAUCUGUUUCUCCAGUUAUCUUGUAAAGUCUGUUUUCACAAAAUAAAUUCCAUUCUGUAUCA